CCAGACACCUACGUGACCUACCUAGAUUUCAAAGCAUUCGAUGAUUUUUGACAGAGUUAAUACUUUCAAGUUUUUCAACGUGAUGCGUCAGCGCAAAGCAGGUUCAAGUUCAAUGGUGGAAUACAAGUACUAGCAGUGGCGUAGCGCUCGUUUCCUUCUGUUAUCUAAGGCAAUCGGUUAUACACGGAAGCAGUAGUCAUGGCUGAAGCCCACGAAGAGGAGCUUUUUGAUGUUCUUACCAAAACGGGUGAAAAGACGGGCAUUCGGAAACCCAGGGGAGAUGUUCAUAGAGAUGGGGAUUAUCAUCGAGCGGUUCAUGUGUGGAUUUUUUCUGAGAGUACUCAAGAGCUGCUUCUGCAGUGCCGUGCUGACUGCAAGGAUUCUUGGCCUGGAUUGUGGGAUAUCUCCAGUGCUGGUCAUAUAUCUGCUGGUGAUUCAUCCCUUAUAACAGCCAGGAGGGAGCUUCAUGAGGAGCUAGGUUUAGCUUUGCCAAUGGAUGCAUUUGAAUUUAUUUUCGUCUUUCUUCAAGAAUGUGUUAUAAAUGAUGGGAAAUUUGUUAACAAUGAAUUCAAUGAUGUAUAUCUAGUGACAACUCUAUCUCCAAUUCCCAUGGAGGCCUUCACUCUUCAGGACACAGAAGUUUCUGCAGUUAAAUACAUUUCUUGGGUGGAAUAUAAAAGCUUACUAACAAAAGAAGAUCCUGAAUAUGUCCCUUAUGAUGUGAGUGGGCAAUAUGGCCAACUGUUUGAUAUAAUUGAAAAAAGGUAUAAGGAGAACACAGAGGCACGCAGUCUGAUCCUUCAAAAACAACUUCGCCGUUAUGCACCAAUUUAUCUUGAUACUGAGUUGAAUGGGCUAACGGAAGCAGACAAGGAAGCUCUUGUUUUACUUAUUAAAGCUGCAAAAGUGAUAGAUGACAUCUUUUAUUUGCAGGUUUGGUACAGCAAUCCUACAUUAAGGGAUUGGUUAAAGCAACGUUGUGAUAUAUCUGACUUGGAUAAGUUAAAAUGGAUGUAUUAUGUGAUUAACAAGAGUCCAUGGUCGUGCCUUGAUGAAAACAAAGCCUUUUUGACAACGGCAGAUUCAGCUAUUAGGUUGCUUCCUGAAUCCGCCAAGCCUAUACCUGGGUGGAAGGGACUUGAAUAUAGAGCUGCAUUUCCCAUGCAGAAACCCCCUGGUGCAAAUUUCUACCCACCAGACAUGGACAAAAUGGAAUUUGAAUUAUGGAAGAGCAAUUUGUCGGAGGAACAACAAGAAGUUGCAACCGGAUUUUUUAAUGUUAUUAGAAGACAUAGUGAAUCCAAUUUGGAUUCUUCUUCUCUCUAUGGUACAUUUGGCAGCACUAAUCAAGUUAAGGUCCCCAUCCAUGAUCUUUUCAUUGUUCCCUUCUCUCAUGAAUAUAAGCCUUUUCUAGUAAAAGCUUCUGAAUUGCUGACUAAAGCAGGGGACAUUACCGAUUGUGCAAGUUUAAAGAGGCUGCUGAAAGCAAGAGCUGAUGCUUUUCUUUCAAAUGACUAUUAUGAGUCUGACAUAGCUUGGAUGGAAUUGGACUCUAAACUGGACAUUACUAUUGGUCCAUAUGAAACAUACGAGGACACUCUUUUCGGAUACAAGGCUACUUUUGAAGCAUUUAUUGGAAUACGAGAUGACAAGGCAACCUCUCAAGUUAAACUCUUUGGUGAUCACUUGCAGAUGUUGGAGCAAAAUCUUCCAUUGGAUGACAUAUACAAAUCAAAAGAAGUCGCUGCUGCACCUAUUCGUGUGAUUCAACUUGUUUACAACGCAGGGGAUGUGAAGGGCCCACAGACUGUUGCUUUUAAUUUGCCAAAUGAUGAGCGCAUAGUCAAAGACCGUGGAACAUCAAUGGUUAUGCUCAAGAAUAUUUCAGAGGCAAAGUUCAAGCAUAUUCUUCAACCUAUAGCUGGUGUUUGUGUUAUAGAGGAACAGAGGAAACAUGUUAAUUUUGAAUCUUUCUUCACCCAUACAAUUUGCCACGAGUGUUGCCAUGGCAUUGGACCUCAUACAAUAGUACUCCCAAAUGGACAAGAGUCAACAGUGAGAUUGGAACUUCAAGAACUCCACUCAGCUCUGGAAGAAGCAAAAGCAGAUAUUGUGGGACUUUGGGCACUUAAAUUUUUUGUAAAUCAGGGAUUGCUUCCAAAAAAUUUGAUAAAGUCUAUGCAUGUUUCUUUCCUUGCGGGAUGCUUUCGGUCAAUACGCUUUGGCUUAGAAGAAGCUCAUGGGAAAGGACAAGCUCUACAGUUUAACUGGUUAUUUGAGAAAGGAGCUUUUGUUUUGCACUUUGAUGGAACAUUUUCAGUUGAUUUCAGCAAGGUUGAUGGAGCCGUUGAAAGUUUGAGCAGGGAGAUUCUAACAAUACAGGCAAAAGGUGACAAAACUGCUGCAAGGUCACUUCUCCAGAAAUAUGGUAUAAUGACAAAACCAUUGCAACUCGCAAUGGAAAAAUUAGAAAAGAUUGAGGUACCAGUGGAUGUAGCUCCCGUAUUUUGCACUGCUGACAAAAUACUGGAGGAAAAACGUUAGAAAUGUGAUAAUGCACUUUUACUCCACUUUUAUGGAGUAAGUUUUUUGUAGUGCGAAUCCAAAUUGAUCUCAAUAAAAUGUAAUUGAUUGUAUUAAGGACACGGACGCAAUAAAGGAUGUAGUAUGGUUUAUUGUUUAUGGUUAGUUAAGAUUUGAUAUAAUUACCUACUUUAUAACCAAAUUUAUCAAAUGUAGUUAUCAGUUAGGUUAA